GGGCGGGACGCGGGCGCCGUGACUCGGAGCCCCGGAAGAGCGGAGAAACCCCGUAUAAAAACUACUGGGGACCUUUCCCGGGCACAACGAGGAAAGCUCCGGAGACGGCGGCAGCCCGCGGCGGCAGCGAGCGGCGCGGGGCGGCCUCAGCCCCGGCGGGGCGCGGAGAGCGGCGGCUCUGCAGGUCGGGCGCCUUCCCCGGCCCUGCAGCACCGCCUGGCUCCGGCGGCUUGUUCCUGACCCCUUCCUGCCCCCCGGCUUUUUAUUCUUUAACUCCCUCAGUAGGCGCGGAGGGAGAGUGCCCCCGGGGGAGCGGUGAGGAGCCGGAACGGUGCCAUCCAGCCCGGGGAGGCGGCGGCCGCGCACCAUGGCAGACGAUGAGAAGGCCGGCGGCAGCCCCGGCGGGAGUUACGCGGGCGGCUGCGAGAGCGCGCACUGCAACGUGCUGAGCUGGGAGCAAGUGCAGCGGUUGGACCGCAUCCUCAGCGAAACCAUCCCCAUCCACGGCCGCGGCAACUUCCCCACGCUGGCCAUGCAGCCCCGCCAGAUCGUCAAGGUGGUGCGGAGCCGGCUGGAGGAGAAGGGCAUCGGCCUGCGGGACGUGCGGCUCAACGGCUCGGCCGCCAGCCAUGUCCUCCACCAGGACAGCGGCCUGGGCUACAAGGACUUGGACCUCAUCUUCUGCGCUGACCUCAAAGGGGAAGCCGAGUUUCAGACUGUGAAGGACGUGGUCUUGGACUGCCUCUUGGAUUUCUUGCCCGAGGGGGUGAACAAGGAGAAGAUCACGCCGCUCACCCUCAAGGAGGCUUAUGUGCAGAAAAUGGUAAAAGUAUGCAAUGAUUCAGACCGAUGGAGUCUCAUCUCCCUGUCCAACAACAGUGGCAAAAAUGUGGAGCUGAAAUUUGUGGACUCUCUGAGGCGGCAGUUUGAAUUCAGUGUCGAUUCCUUUCAAAUCAAGCUGGACUCCCUGCUGCUUUUUUAUGAGUGCUCAGAGAAUCCGAUGACUGAAACAUUUCACCCGACUAUCAUUGGUGAGAGCGUCUAUGGGUGUUUCCAGGAAGCCUUUGAUCACCUCUGCAACAAAAUAAUUGCCACCAGAAACCCAGAAGAAAUUAGAGGAGGUGGUCUUCUGAAGUACUGCAACCUUUUGGUAAGGGGCUUUAGGGCUGCCUCCGAGUCCGAGAUUAAGUCCCUGCAGAGAUACAUGUGUUCAAGGUUUUUCAUUGACUUCUCAGACAUUGGAGAACAGCAGAGAAAGCUGGAGUCCUACUUGCAGAACCACUUUGUGGGAUUAGAGGACCGCAAGUAUGACUAUCUCAUGACCCUUCACGGUGUGGUGAAUGAGAGCACAGUGUGCCUGAUGGGACAUGAGAGGAGACAGACUCUGAAUCUGAUCACCAUGCUGGCCAUCCGGGUCCUAGCCGAGCAAAAUAUCAUCCCCAAUGUGGCCAAUGUCACCUGCUAUUACCAGCCAGCCCCAUACGUAGCAGAUGCCAACUUCAGCAAUUACUAUAUUGCCCAGGUUCAGACGGUGUUCCCUUGCCAGCAGCACACAUACUCUACUUGGCUGCCCUGUAAUUAAGGACUGAAAGUAGUAGACCCAGUGGGGAGAACAUUUUCUAAGACCUAGGAAGGGGCGGUGCGUCCCUUUGAAAUGGGGUGUUUUGUGCAAUCAUGAUCUGCUCUAGUUUUCAAGCUUGGGAAAAGCUUGUGGUUCUUCUAAUAAAUAACGGGAGCAUGAUUGAGAAAGAACCCCAGAAUAAUUGGAUCCUAGCCCAGAGCACAAGAGGCCUGUCAUUAAAAGCAACCAGCUUCCCCUGAAAUAUGUGAGGGAGGAAUGCUUGAUGACAAUAUGGGUUGGCAAUAUCUGCUCCCAUAGCUUUGGCAUAGAGAAGGUGGGAAAGCCUUAUUUUGUUUUAUUUUUAUUCUUAUGCUAGAAUGGGAUCUGCAAAAGGGAGAAUAUGAAAGAAACAAAACAAAACAAAACAAAAAAAAAACAAAAAACAAGAAGAAAAAAUUCACAAAAAACAAUUCUAUAUAUAUAUUCAGGAGUUAGAGGCAUAAAGCAGAGAUAAGCUGAAUAAAAAUGUAUAUUGGAAUUACUGCAUUUGGGGCUUGCAGCAAGUGCUGUCUAUGGAUUGACCGUAUAGAAUGUCUAGCUUGCUUGACUAGAACGCUUUACCAGAAACAGCUUGCUCCAAAUGAACAGUAGUGGAUUGGUACAGUUAUAAAAACAGAAGCACGUAUGGUGACAAAGUCCAUUCUUUCCAGCUGUGUGCAUGCCUCACAUUUUAAAAAUGUGAGAAUGCAGGAAAGCCAGCUGUGGCAAACAGAAAUAUACUCAAGGACCAAAGAUUUCACAGAUAAGUUAUCCGAGCAAAGAAGAUACAGUAGAGUAUAUAUAUAUAUAUAAAAAAGAAAGAUGUUGCUAUAUUUGUACACACCAACAGUAAUCAAAAGUGCCUGAUGCCUUCAUAAAAUUUGAAGUGAAAAAAAAUAUAGUUUUGUGGUUUAACCAUGCAUUUUGUUUUAUCAGGGACACAAGGAUUAAAAACAAACCCCAUAAGCUUGUGAAUAAGUGGUAGAGGAAAUGCCCUAUUUUUUUUUUUCUUGGCAAAUACCUGUAUAGAGUUAAUGUUAUGUCGGUGUGCUAUUAUCCUAGGUAUGUGUGUGUACGUGUGUAUAUAUGUUUGUGUGUGUAUAUAUGUACAUGUUAUAGGUGUAUAUCUAUAUAUAUACACACACAAUAUAUAUUAAUGUGGUCUAGGAAAAUGUAGCAAUUAAGGAAUGUUUAAAUAAAGUACUACGUGUUUUACAGUUUGCAACAGGAUGUCAUAGGACAGUGGGCACCUUGCAGUGAAUUUUUAACCCACACCUGAGAAAUUUUGAGUAAAUGAACCAGUCAGGAUUAAGGUGGGAUUCAGAUAAUGUCUUUGGUUGCAAGAACAAGGAUUACAGUAAUUCAGUGGGUUGCUUGUGAGCCAUAAUAAUUCCACAGAUGGAGAAGCAUAUGACUAGCUGAUUUUUUUUAACUAUUUUGUACUGUAAUGCCAUUUUGACAUUUAACCCACUAAUGUUGUGACUGCAUACCUCCAUGAUGUGUAAUUCAGUGGAACGUGGAUCAAAGAUAGGUUUAUUUAAACCCCCUGACAGCUAAAGAAUAUUGUAUUAGUUGGUGAUUUGAACACUAAUUGUUAAUAUUUAAAGGAGUAUUUUUAAUAGAAUGCAUUAAGCAUUCCAGGACCACUAGAAUUUAGCAAAUGUGAAAUGAACCCUUUUUAAGAGUGUUGCACGAUUGCUUAAAAUUAUAUUUUAUAUAUAUUAUAUAUAUAUUUUUAUGCAAAUAUUAAACAUCUUUGAUCUGGUUGUCACACUGCAUUUACAAUUUCAGUACUGUACUUUAUUUAAAUGGAAUCACUUUACAUUGGAACAAUAACUAUUCACUUCCAUUUCCUCUCCCAAAAGACCAGCGGGGGGGCGGGGGAAAUCAACCUCUGCUGUUUUUUUCACUUCAGUGCCAUCUCUGAAGGUGUUAAAUUCUUUGUUGGGCUUUGAAAAUCUUAAUGACUAAGUGACACUUGACUCCGAUAUUUUGCUUUUCUUACUGAGGAGGGAGGAAAAAAAAAAAAAAGAAAAAAAAAAAGGGAAUUCAGGCUUUUGAAUGAAAACUCGCUGUUCCCUGCCUGGCUGCAGGCAGGGUCUGGCAUUGGAGAAGGCAGGGACAGGGGAGAGGACUCGUGUCCUGGCAGUGUGUUUUCCCUGUGGAGCGAGUAGGUACAUCUAUUUUUAUCGUGCUUUGUACUUUUCACUCUGGAGGCAAUUUAAUAGGAACCCGAUUUGUUUACUGAAGCACCUUACCUGUGAGUCCUUCAGGAAACGUAAAAGCUGGUUCAUUGCCAUUCCUGGUGUUGGCUCGCCGGCCUCGUCCCCACCUUCCCUUCCUCGGGGGCUGGCAUUAUCCCUUGGAUCCCUGUGAGGUCCCCCUCUGGCCCCUGAAGAGCCCGUGCUGGGUGCUCCUGGCCCGCUAGCUCCCCCUGCCUCCAGCUCCUGGGGGGGGUUUGCGGAAGCUAUGGGGAAGGCUGGGGAAAUAGGAUCAGCUGGUAAUGUGGUAUGUCUUCUCUCGCCACAACUAUUUGCAGCAAAUAAAUGAGUCAUCCGCCUUUAAAAGGGUUUGGGAAUCUAUAGCUCUGCCACAACCACAGAACGCUGACAGUACAUGGAACGAUGUAUUUUUUCCUUUGAUGGACCCUUUUUUUUUUUUACCAUUGCUUGAAAGAAAGUUUUGAUACUUCCUCUUGGCUCAAAUUUUAUUGUGUUUUUUGUAAUGAUUGACAGCAGCUAGUUACCUUGUAGUGCAUGCAGCAGGGCUCUGAGCUAAACUGCACCUUUCAGCAUUUGCAUUUUGAUACAUAUAUAAUAUGUUCUUAUAUAUAUUAUAUAGGUAUUCUGGAACUGUUUUGCAUAUGUUAAUGAUCGAGUGGUGGAACUGGUGGAGCUUUGUUUUAUUUGUGACUGGUAGCUUAAAAGGUGCCUAGUGUUAGAGGUGGGAAGAAGGCAUGAGUUCAGGCCAAGAGUAAAGUAAGAACCCCUUUUCAAAGCUGGUUUAUUUCUGUGGUUUGCACACCUUCCCCUCCAUAGAGUCUGACUUUUUUUAAACUGGUUUUCCCCCUCCUCUUCAGCACACUGGUACUUUUAAAGUUAAAGACCGUGUUCUUGCUUUGUAGACUUCAUUUUUCCCAUCCAAUCAGAUGUCAGGUUAGAACUUGUGCUGCAACAGACAGUGUCCCUUUUAAAGAGCUGAACUGAUUAAAAACAUUGACCUGAUUACAGUAAAACUGUUUGUGCUGCAGCUGAAUUUGCUGCUAGCUAACAGGGCACUAAACUUGGUUAAAUGUAGCACUUGUGAAACAACCGAGAGCUUUGAAAUGGGAUUUUUUUUUUACUUAGAUGUAGCUGCCCCCCAAAAUGCAAGAACAUUUCUUCUAAAAAUAGAAGGGCAGUUAGAAGACCAAAAAGAUGAUAUUUUUCUAGUUUCUCUUAUUGCACUUGAAAUACUUUUUAUCUUGCACAAAGGCCUUCACGCAAAACUUCUAAACAGCUCUUAUUAAAUGCUUGGUUUACAUGAUGUCAGAAGCUCCUACCAGUUCAGAAAAAAGGCUUUUUUUUUUUUCAAUUGAGAAAAUGAAGUGUGUUAGGUAAAACUGCAGAGAAAAGGAAAAACUGUAAUUGCAUAUUCAGCUCCUAUUUGAAUAUAUUCUUUUGUAUGGUUUUCUUUAUGCAGAGAGUUUCCCUUGCAAGGAAGAAAAUCGGUGUACUGUUUUGCUGUUGUAAUAAUGGUUUGCUAACAAAAUAAAUAGUAAAAACAAACAAACAAAAAAAAAGCCUGCAAAUUUCAAGACAGCUUGGCUAAAGCACUGCAGGCUCCUGCAGUCUGUAGGAGUCUGUGCAGAUUUGCUUUCCCUCAGAUUUCCUUACAACUGUUGCCUUCUGCAAGGCAUCCUGUUGCAGCAAACUGCUCCUUGGAUUGCUCUUUUGGAAUAUUUUGACUAUAGGCUUUGUCACAGACAGAAAAAGAGCUGAUGGAAAACAGACUCUAGAGGGAACAGAUUGUGAAUUUUGUUUACAGCAUCCAAUAUUUGGAUUUUUUUUGUAAAUAAAAAGAAGUUAUUUUUUUCUAUUGA